GGGGAGAGAUAUACUAUGUUUUGAACAUAACAGUGCAAGUCUGCCUCAUCCCCACAGAUGUUCGUAGAGUUUAACACCUAAGCAGACAAGCGCAGCACUCAAAUUACUUCUAGGACUUCAAGCCUAAUAUGGUUUACUUCGUUUUUACUCGAGACAAAGAUGAGCCUUUCAUUGACUGAUCUCAUGGGAACACCAGUUCUGAAUUUGUAAUAUGGAUACAUAUCAAUCAACAGACCAUGUGGAAACCUUCCUUGAAGAGUUCAGGGAGCAGAUCAUUGCUGGUGUUAGAUCAACUACAACCAUCAUAGAAGCAUGGAACUCACAGCAGCCAACAACCAUCUCCGAAGCUCUGACGCCACAAGAACAAAUGAGGGUGCUGUUUCAUGUUGUGGAACAAGGAACGCCACAAUUCAAAUUUAGCUUCUACCAGAUACUUUCACAGGAGGAACCCAAGCUUAUAGCUGAUUUAGAGCAAAGACAACAGAACAGCAGGAUGACCCAAACAGAACAGAAGUGGACCAUGGAAAACAACAAGCAAGACAAACAAAUGAAGGUCAAUAUAAAAACCAAAAGGGAGACUAUUAAAAGACAAAGACAAUUGACAUGUCAAGUAAAGGAGGCAAUUGAACAACUUUGGGAAAGAACACAAAGAGAUAGAAAUGAAAUUGAUUACCUGAAGAAAAAUACAGAGCAGAAAGAAGAGGACAUUAAAAGACUCACAGUUGAAAAACAGGAGCAGUGCUUAUUAAUAAAAAGACUGAGAUCCCAGAUAGAAAAUAUUAUUAAGAAACUUGAGGAGAAUAAAAAUGAAGCUGCUCAAGAAAAAAUGCAAUUUCUUAAAAUGCGGACUGAAAUAUACCAAGAGAGGGAAACUCUGGAAAAAAGACGUAAUGAGCUCAUCAAUGAGCGACACAAGAUGAAAAUGACAAAAUCACAAGAAAAUAAGGAACCCAAAGAACCUAUGGAACAAAUAAAGAGAAAGCAGGAGAUAACGGAAAGGCUGAAGGCUGACAGUCUGCUCAGUCUAAUUAACAAAAAUAAAAAAAUAGUAUUUGAAGCAAAGCAAGCAAAGGACCAAAUGGAAAAAAACAUGGCAGACAUACAUCAAGAGAUACAGAGAAAUAAAAAAGACAUUUCACAGCAUAGAGAACAAAUUGAGCACAUCAAACAUAUUCUGAAUGUAAAUAUUCAACGAGCUGUUAAAAUGCAAAAAGGUACUGCCCCAGAAAUGGAAAGCAUAGAAAUGCAGAAAGAAGAUAGAGACACAUUUGACACUGUUAAGAUCAAAGUCAGCAGAAUCCAUGAAGAGAUGGAGAAACUUUGGGAUGUUCUAGAAGACAGUGAACAACAAAUGGAAAUGGUUGUGAGAGGGAAGCAGGAGCUUAAGACAAAAAGAAGCCGAGUGGACAAUAUUAGCUCUGACUCUCAAAGUCUAAUAGAAAACACAGAUGUAAGCAUGAAGACAACUGAGUGGGAAAUUGAGGUGAAUGCUGAUAUGCAGAGGGAAAAACAAAAUCUAAAGAAAAGGUUAGCCGAGGUCCAAUCUGAAAAAGAUGAGAUUCAAAAAAUUAAAACUGAAAUACAGACUGAGAAAAAAAACAUAGAGAGAGACAGGCAGUUAGUUAAAGCAGAAAUGAAUGCACUAAAGUGUGUGAGGGAAAGUACUGAAAUGCAAAUACAGGAGUUGAAUGACAAGUUACAAAGAACAAAGAAAGACAUAAGAGAGAUGGAAAUAAUGAACACUGAGAUUGAACUAAAGAAAAAGGACCUAGUAAAAAUUAUAAGAAUGAGCAGGAGAAAAAAGGAAGAGAUCAGCAAGAUGAUGGAAGAGACUGGCCAUUCUAAAUCAGAUGUGAAGCAAAGACAAGACAAGACUGAGAAGCAGAAGUCAGAGCAGAGGCUGGAGGUGAACAUGGAUGACAGAUUUGAUAAGCAGAAGCUAAGACUCCCACAGGCACAACAUGAAGAAACCCUGUUUGAAAAUGACAACAUGGACUCAAACACUCAGAAUAAAGUGAACACUGACAUAAAGAGAGUGAUGCUUGAAAUAGAAGAAAUCCGAAAGAUGAACAAAACCAGGGAGGAGAUGCUCAAAGCCCAAACGAAUAUGGAUCAGAACAUGGAAGAAGUCAAAAAGUACAUGGUAAGUUAACGUUUUUUCUCAUUUUCUUAU